AUGACGUUAACGAAAUAUCAAAGAGGCGAUGCCAUAGAAGGCUGGAAUGACUGCCCCUCGCCGAUGUCAUUAUCCAAGAAUAGCUCACAAGUUUCAUUAUCUGGAGACGAAGUACGACAGAAACGUCAAGAUCUCUUAGCUUUACUCGGUAAUGUUUUUGAUCUUCCAUUGUCGUUACCAGAAAGAGAGAUGGCUCAUUAUAGAAUAAAACUACAGAACCAAAUUCAAGUCGUCAACGAGCAGCAUUUGCCAUUCAUCGAAUCAAUUUUCAAUGACUUACUCAAUGCACAAGCUGACUCGUCAAAGUUGAAAUCAGACGUUGUUGAUUACAUGAUGAAUCACGACGGGGUCAGUUCGUGGUGUUCACCUUUGAAAAAGAUUGUUUCAAGUUACAAGAAUAGUUAA